AACGCGGUUGUUGAUCGACACCAGAGAAACUCGUCGUGGUCUUCGAGCUCGUCACCGAAAAGGAACUUUGAGAUGCCAAGGUCCGAAAUUCCCAUAUGGGUCCAAGAGUACAUUGAACAAAUCGAAUUGGUUCUAAGAGAGGGUGGGUGGGACGAGACUGAUAUUUCAGACAUCGUCGACGUCUCAGCUUCCGGAUUUUUCAGAGAGGAAAUGGUUUUGCUGGACAAUCAAACCAUCCUCGAUGCGCUUCUUCUCAAAGCCAGUUGGUUUUCAGAGUCUCUUAGAAAAGCGGGUUGGAGCUACGAAGAGGUCUCGGACGCCUUAGGGUUUAAUUUCUGGCUGAGGAAGGAGAGAAAACCAGCGAAGAAGUUAUCGCCUAAACUCAGCGAAAAAAUUGGAAAACUGGUCGAAUCGGUUUCCCGAUGAUAGUACACGUCGAGAUUCCUUUUUCUUUUCUUUUUAUUUUUUAUUUUUUAAAACAAAUUUCCCAAGUUCUUGGAUUUAAGUUUUUCCCUAUUUUUGUAGAUUAAUUAUAAAAAAUAUAUAUAUGCUCACUUUUAAUUAAAUAUUAAUAAAAUUAAAAUUAAUUU